AUGUCUCAGGAAGUGAAAGAUGUAAAGCGUUUGGCUGCCGUGAAGCCUUCGCGUUACUCGUUCUCAUGGAAUCCACCCCCAAACGACUCCGUCACCUUCGAUGACAUAUUGGUAUACCUAGGUGAAUUUGGAUUUUACCAAAAGUUCCUUUUCUUCGUGAUGAUGAUCUUCUGCUUGUUCCUCACGUUCGUCUACUUCACGCAAAGCUUCCUCACCGUGCUGCCGAGGGAAUAUUGGUGCAAGCUUCCGACAGUGGAGGGAAUGUCCUCGGAGAAGUUGAGGGAUUUCAUGAUACCCAGCUCGAAAACGGUCCCCUACGAGGGACAUCAUUUACCUUAUUCGCGAUGCUGGAUGUACGAUGUGCCGGUGGAAAAAGCAACCGCUGCGGCAAAACCGGAUGAAAGUUGGCCGUUGAAGAAGUGCGAGAAUUGGGAAUUUAAGUUGACACACGUCGAUGUGCCUUACAUGUCUGUGGCAGCCGAACAGGAAUGGGUUUGCGACAGAGCAUACAAAGCGACAGUAGCACAGAGUACAUUUUUCGUGGGCUCCAUCGUUGGAGGUUUAGUGUUAGGCACUAUGGCCGACAGGGCCGGAAGAGUUCCGGUUCUAGUCAUGACGAAUCUUCUGGGUUUUGUCGGUGGUAUUAGUACCAUAUACUCGAACAAUUUCUUAGAAUUCUGCGCGUGUAGAUUCGUCGUUGGCCUGGCCUACGACAACACCUUUGUGAUCGCCUAUAUAUUAGUCCUGGAGUACGUGGGACCUAGAUGGCGAACGUUCACCGCCAAUAUGUCUUACGGGAUAUUCUACACCGUUGGCGCCAUGAGCAUACCCUGGAUAGCUUAUGCGUUGGCAAAUUGGAAAAACUUUUGCUUGGUCACGGCUGUUCCAUUGAGUUCCGUCAUAGUCGCACCUUUUCUGAUUCCUGAGAGUGUCAGGUGGCUAAUUGGGAAGGGUAAGCUCGAUAGAGCUACAAAGAUCAUCGGGAGGAUCGAGAAAAUAAAUAAAACGGAAAUACCUAAGGAUAUUUACGAAGACUUCCUUCAAGACUGCGUCAAAACUGCGGACGAACUUGCUGCCGAGGAGCACACUAUCGCGGAUUUAUUCAAGACCAGACGUUUAAGGAGGACCACCAUUCUGUUAAUAAUAGUAUGGGGCGUGAUCCAGAUGUCGUACGACGGCCACGUGAGGUGCCUGGACAGCCUCGGCAUGGACGUGUUCACCACCUUCACGAUCGCCUCCGCGACCGAAUUCCCUGCGGAACUGUUGAUCAUCUACACUCUGGACGUCUUCGGACGAAGAUGGACGUUGUUCGCGGCCGUGAUCCUCUCGGGAAUGUUCAGCCUGUUCGCGUCCAGCAUCCCGAUAGGCGUCGGUUUCACAUCGCUCGCGAUUUGCGGCCGAUUCUUCAUCAACGUCGGCUCCAACAUCGCGAUGCAGUACGCUGCUGAACUGCUGCCGACGGUGGUUCGAGGCGAGGGCGUGGCGUUCAUACACGUCAUGGGAUACGUUACCUCGAUAUUCAGCCCCUUCAUCGCCUUCUCGAGCAGGCUCAUGUACAAUCUGCCGAUGAUCAUCCUCGGUGCAGGCUGCAUAUUCGCCGCAGUGCUCGGCCUCUUCCUGCCGGAAACGCUGAUGGAGCAGCUGCCACAGACCUUGAUAGAUGGAGAGAUGUUUGGGAUCGAUCAGACGUUUUGGGAGACGCCAUUCACGAGGAAGAAGCCUCCGGAACCAGUGGGACACCAUCUACACGCGAAACGUCCGGUGUCCCGACCCGGAAUGCUGCGCAGCAGCAUGAUUUCCGGUUACAAAGGCAACGUGAGGCGACACAGCAUAAUGCGGCAAAGACGCCGAAAUUAG